AUGCCCAUGUCAGCACCGAUGCCGCCGUCAGAUGGAUAUGCUAGUAGCAGCAGCUAUGGUGGAAAUGGCGGAAGCAUAGGAGGGGGCAGCUAUGGAGUUGGUGGUGCUGGUGGCGGUGGAAGUUAUGAAGGGAGUGGUAGAAGCUACAGCCGCGGUGGUGGUGGUGGCAGAUAUGCCAUCGCACCUAUGCCCAUGUCAGCACCGAUGCCGCCGUCAGAUGGAUAUGCUUGCAGCAGCAGCUAUGGUGGAAAUGGCGGAAGCAUAGGAGGGAGCAGCUACGGAGUUGGUGGUGCUUGUGGUAUCAGUUUUGGAGGCGGCACUGGCGGAGGAUAUGCCCAACCACCUCCGCCUCCACCACUUCUGCCUCUACUUCCUCCAGAAAAAUUUAGCAUUGGCGGCUUCUGUGGGGGUGGUGGUGGCACCGGUGGUGGCAGUUAUGGUGGUAGCAGCAUUGGUGAAGGCAGUUACGGAGAAAAAUAUAGCAAUGGCGGCUGCUAUGAAGGUGGUGGUAGCACCGGCGGCGGUAGUUACGGUGUUCGCUCAUCCCCACCCUCUGGAGAGUACUUGCAAUUACCAGCACCAAGAAAAUUACUUCAUAGUUUAACUGGGGAUACCCUGGUGGUGGUGGUGGUGGUGGAUAUAAACGACGGCGCUUCAGCGGCGCAAAAUUGA